AUGUCAAGGCGGUAUGGAACAGCAGUUCCACACCCAGUCCCAGUAGAGUGCUCAGCACGUGAUCUCCAAACACGUGAUCUUGUUGGCACGCAACCUCAUCCUAUCAUCGCGGCGGAAAGGGUCAUCACCAACCCGACUUUCCUCAAUUAUCCCCCAACAGCCAUGUUCGCCGCCAGAAGCUGUGCUGCCUCGACGCGGCAGGUGCUGCGCACCCAGGCUCCUCGCCGUUUCGGCUCAUCCCACGCCCACGCUGAGCCCGUGAACGAAGGCCUCGGUCGCAGCUUCUACGUCACCGCCGGUAGCAUCGUCUCCGCAUACCUCAUCUACCGCUUCACCAAGGCGCAACAGGAAUCCGGCUCCGAGUCGUUCAUUUCCGACCUCAUUGCCAAGUGGACCCCUUCCCAAGAGGUCUUCGAACAGCGUAACGCCAUUCGCACCGCAGUUAUGGAGAAGGCUGCCGAGGACCGCCACCUGCUUCAAAGUGAAGGACCCCGCGAAUUCGUUCCCUUGAGACAGAAUGAUCUCUUCAAUGUUGCCCCCAUCAUCAACCUUGCCCCCGGCUCCCAGGCCGAUCUGAGCAAGGUCAUUGCCCACUACGAGCGCGAGAACCAGGAGACCGAGAAGGCUCGGGUUGCCCGGACACAGGUCUAA